UACCGAAGGCCUUAUAGUGUUCUUACCUUACCUGGGAGGAUCCAGACAGAUCAGCGGUGACUCCAGAUUAACCCAUAUUUCUGACUCACCGUCAGAUGAUAUAGGCCUGUCUACAUCUGUCCUUCCACAAUGGUUGUUCCUGAAUCUCAGGACAAAAUGUACUACCCUUCUGGUGACCUGCAGAGGGAUGCUCAUGUGCCUGAUUUUAAGUCUUAUCUGGAACUGUACAGGAAGUCUCUUGAGGAUCCCGAAGCUUUCUGGAAGGAAGUUGCUGAUGAGUUCUUUUGGAAGAAGCCAGCAACAGGGCCAAUGUUGCAGUACAACUUUGAUGUGACAAAAGGGACCAUAUACGUCAAAUGCAUGGAAGGGGCCAAAACCAACAUAUGCUAUAAUGUCCUGGAUAGGCAUGUUAGGGAGAGGAACCUUGGUGAAAAGGUUGCCUAUUACUGGGAGGGAAAUUCACCUGACCACCACAUGACCAUCACAUACUGCCAGCUGCUGGGCCAUGUCUGCCGCUGUGCUAAUGUCCUCAAGCAAAUGGGUGUGAAAAAGGGCGACAGGGUGUCUAUCUACCUUCCCAUGAUCCCAGAGCUGGUCUACACUAUGCUGGCCUGUGCCAGGAUAGGUGCUGUUCACUCCAUUGUGUUUGCAGGUUUCUCCUCUGAGUCUCUGUGUGAGAGGAUUAUGGAUACCCAGAGCAGCAUCCUGGUGACAGCAGAUGGUGUUUACAGAGGAGAGAAGCUGAUCAACCUGAAACAGAUUGUGGAUGAGGCUCUGGAGAAGUGCAGGGAAAAAGCGUCAUCUACCAUCACAAAGUGCCUCGUCGUCAAGCACCAUGCGCUGAGGACAAAAAGUGGAGCUGCAUGCAACAAACUACAGACCCCAUGGGACUCAGAGUGUGAUGUGUGGUGGGAGGAGGCGAUGAGAGACUCUCCGGAAGAGUGUGAACCCGAGUGGCUGGACGCCGAGGACCCGCUGUUUAUCCUCUACACCAGCGGCUCCACUGGCAAACCCAAAGGUGUUCUCCACACGGUCGCCGGGUAUCUGCUCUACACAUCGCUGACCUUCAAGUACGUUUUUGACCAUCGCCAUGACGACGUGUACUGGUGCACAGCCGACAUCGGCUGGAUCACGGGCCACUCCUACAUCACCUACGGGCCCCUCGCAAACGGCGCCACGGGCGUGCUAUUUGAAGGUAUUCCUGUCCACCCUCACGUCGGCCGGUUCUGGGAGAUUAUUGAGAAGUACAAAGUGACCAAGUUCUACACAGCCCCCACAGCCAUCCGCCUGCUGAUGAAGUACGGACGGGAGCCACUGCAGAAGUACGACCUCUCCAGCCUGAGGAUUGUGGGUACGGUGGGCGAGCCGAUCAACCCAGAGGCGUGGCAGUGGUACCACGAGGCGGUCGGUCAGGGCAGAUGUCCCGUGGUGGACACUUUCUGGCAGACAGAGACGGGAGGUCAUGUUUUGACUCCUCUGCCUGCUGCCACGCCGCUGAAACCUGGCUCUGCUACCUUUCCUUUCUUCGGGGUUGAGCCGACCAUCCUCAACGAACACGGAGAGGAACUGGAAGGUGAGGCUGAGGGUUAUCUGGUAUUCAGGAGGCCCUGGCCUGGAAUAAUGCGCACUUUGUACAGAAACCACGAGCGCUUUGAAAGCACCUACUUCAAGAAAUUUCCGGGCUUUUAUGUGACCGGUGAUGGCUGCAGGCGGGAUAAAGACGGCUAUUACUGGAUCACAGGAAGAAUAGACGACAUGCUGAAUGUGUCAGGACACCUGAUGAGCACAGCGGAGGUGGAGGCGGCCCUGACAGAGCACCCGGCCGUGGCGGAGGCUGCAGUAGUGAGCCGGCCUCACAAGCUGAAGGGCGAGUGUCUUUACUGCUUUGUCACCCUCAAAGACAGCAGGGAAUUUAACCACACACUGGCGGAGGAGCUCAAGAGGGCGGUGAGAGAGAAAAUCGGUCCAAUCGCCACACCAGACUUCAUUCAAAAUGCCCCGGCACUCCCGAAAACUCGCUCAGGAAAGAUCAUGAGGCGCAUCCUCCGGCAGAUCGCCCGCAACGAGCAGGACCUGGGCGACCUUUCGACCCUUGCCGACCCCAAGGUGGUCGAGGUGCUGUUCAACCAGAGAUGUGAAGCCGCAGCCUGAAUAAACACCUCCAUCUCCCUCUCUUUCCCUCUUCUGACUGUGCGAUGGUGCAGAUGAAGACAAUCACAAACUGCUGGUUCUGGAUCAGCGUCUGGGUGUUUUGUGUGCACUCUGUGGGACUGAAUGAAGAAAUUGAUUCUGGCAACAGUGAGAUGUUUAAAAUUGUUGUUUUAUGUGGACAAAGAAAAUAGAAAAACAAUUGAAGAGGUCAAAUAAAAGCAGUGGUGGAUUUACGUGGACGUACUGAUAUGGGGCUGUAGUUGGUUUGCGUUUGGGCCAAAAUAUCAGACAAAUUAGACACAGAAUUAAUAUCUUUUAUAUUUUCUUAAAAAUCUUGUAGUUUUGUGUUUCAUAUUGUUGCAGGAGGAAGUGAACCUUUUUUUUUUCCUUUUUUUUAAAUCUUGAAAUAAUAAAGUCAGCUUUGCACAUCUUAUUUUUGACUGACGACUGAUGUAUAUUUUCAUUCCCUGACACAUUUCUAUGACCUGAAAAUAAAGAGUUCAAUUCGCUUUGUUGCUUUUUUUCCCCCCCCUUUUACCUUCGAGCAGAGCAGCAGUUUGACGCCCUCAUGUGGCAAGACUCAUCCUCUGCAGCUGCCAUCUGAUGGCAUCACAGUUUGAUG